ACGUAUAAAUGGCAACAUCGGCACCGGGCAGGGCUCAUAUCUGCUGAACACAAGUGAGAUAACACAUAGCAAAGGACAAGAAUUAUGUUCUCCAACUCGUUGACAUUGUGGGCAGGCAUUGUGCUUAUUCUGAGCAUCACAUUAUGGAGCAGCACAACAGCUCAAAGUGAUGUGGCAGCAGAUUGCUGUUUAACCACCAGCGACCGACGGAUCCCGAAAAGGGUUGUGACGUCUUUUACCAUUCAGACUGGAGAUGGACCAUGCAAAAUUCCUGCCACUGUGGUUGUCACAAAAAGGGGCUUUAAACUCUGUGCACCCUUUCCAAGCGAGAGUUCAUGGGUCACUGAACUGAUUGAUAAUAUAAUAUCUGGACCGAAGCCCAAAAAACAAAAAGGAAAGAAACAUAGAAAACAGUAAACAGUUUCAUCACAGAUUAUGGAGAUUCAACCUGAUGUCACACUACAAAAUGAUUACACAUUUACUAUAGUACUGAACUGAUCCUGACGUAGAUGCUUAUAGUUCUCAGCCGUCGUUGUAAAUGUAGUGUGAGUACAUGUGCACUUUGGUCAAAGUGUGAAUUUGAUAGGAAUUAGCAUUUCAAGAUACAAGUUAUUGCUGAGAUGUGAACCCCUUCACAUGAUCCACUGUAUAUGAAGAGAUAUUGAUCAUUUGUUGUUUAUUUUGUCUAUAUGCAAAUUUUUAGUUCGUAUUAAGCUACUGUUUUUCUGAGCCAGUAAAUGAGAUGUUAUUUUUUUCUGUUUUUUUUUUAAACUAUUUUUGGAAAUAAAUAAAAUAUCAUACAUGUUAAAUAUGAAA